UAAGAGUCUGCAUUGUUUUGGAUUAUGUAAGAAGUGCCAGCACGUGUCAAGCAGUGUUUUCGAAAAUGGUGCUGAAAUUCGCCCUUCUAUUGGCAUUAUGCGCCAUAUCCAUAGCCAAAGACGACCAAAAAUGGGUAUGGGGCGACAACCAUCGAGACGAGAGCAGCGGACGUUUAAAUUUUGACAGGGAAGGACGCUAUGAGGUAUACGAACAUGAACACCAAUUCCGGCCGUCCGAACAGUACUACGAGCACGCAUAUCGUCCAGAAAUCAACCACAUCAACCGACCCGGUGGAGUCUACAAUGGCGCCACUUCUGGCAACUACGGCCAAGGUCACCCCCACUACCCCACAGACACCGACAACCCAAACCCAGCCGUCCUCACAGGUCCCAUACCAUCAUGGGUCAAAGAAGGUUCCUUCAAAAACUACGACAAAUGUAAAUGUACUGAAAAAUUCAAUUGCCCGGCACCUGGAAUCUCCUACGGUCACUGCGACGUGGGCAAACAAUACUGUUGUUACGCCACCAAAAAGCAAGACCAGAUUGGAGGACCACCACCCAGUCGUCCUCACCAUUCCAUCGAAAAUGGUAUUCUGGUGGGACCAGGAGGUCCAGUUGACGUGCCACGUCCGGGAGGAUUCAGACCGGUUAGACCUGGGUCUGGGUUUGGUUUGGGAGGAGGAGGAGGUCGAGGAGAGUACGGGCCUGGGCCUAUAAACAACAGGCCUGUUCAUUCACCGGACAAUGGGAUUUUGGUUGGGCCUGGAGGACCGUUUGAUAGGCCAAUUGGGGGGAGACCGAGUGGGGGGUAUAGUGGACAUGGAGGGUAUGGGAGUUAUGGGUUUGGGAGGUCGGGGAAGAAUUGAAGUGGGUUAGGAGGACAGAACAGAAGACUGUUGUGAUUGUUAUAACCAAAAUGUUUUAGAUGAUGUUAGAGAUGUUAUUUAAAUUAUAAUUUUUUAGAAAUAAAGAAUAAUAACACGUUA